AUUCCCUUCGUUUUAGCAGAAAGGAUCAUGUGUUUGCUCUUCAGAAGCUUGAUUUUAUUUUUACUUUUAUGCCAAGGUUUUGCACGUUCAGUUAGAGAAGUCCAAGAAAAGGAAAAUCUAGAAGAGGAAGCCUCCAUAAGCUUGAAUCAAAAACCAGGAACUGAUGGAGAAAGCAAACAAGGGAAACAAGAACCUGAACCACUGAAUAUAGCGAAACCUGGAAUUUCUUCAAAGGAAGACGAAGGACACAACAAAACAGGAAACGACCCUGAAACCCAAACGAAGCAGAUCCCUUGUGAUUGUGAAAAAAGAUACUUUAAGCAUUACGAAGCAAAGAAUUGUACUCCAAUCUACGACCAACGAGAUGCAUGUAAAUGUCCAGAAAAGUUUCAAUGUCUAGCUGCCAACGAAGAACAGCAAAGUUUACAAGUGUGCUCCUUUCGAGGAAAAACUUAUCAGCUUGGGCAAGAAAUCGUCGUUACUGAUCCAUGUCGAAAGUGUACAUGCCAACAAGGAUAUACUCCUGAAGAUGGCGCUGUUUUGGGUUGUGUCUCGGUUGAUUGCCCAGAACUACUCUCGCCUCCACUUAAACCUGGAUGUUACCAUAUUUACGAUAAAGAAAGUUGCUGUUCUGUCCGUACAGCAUGUGAUUUUGAGAACAAUCAACAAUCCCAACGAGCUACCUGUAAACACAAUGACAAAACUUAUGAAUUAGGACAACGGAUAUAUCCUGAUGAUGACAAUUGUUUAACAUGUAUUUGUACUACAGAAUGGAGUGGAUUAAAUAGUGCUAGUUGUAGAAAAGUAGACUGUCUAUUGGAGGAGCACCUCCCUCAACUUAGAAGAGGAUGUCUUCCAAUCUACCAUGCUAAUAACUGUUGUCCAAUAGACUAUCAUUGUCCAUCAGGAGGAAACACUACGCUUGAAAACGCAGUGGAAUCAGAAACAGGAAAUGAAAGUAAUCUCUGCUACUUUGAUCGGAAAUAUUAUGCCAGAGGUGAAGUUUUGGAUAUUAAUCAUCCAACUAAUUGUGUCACGUGCUCUUGUGAUACUCCACCUGAGCUCACGUGCAUUCAUCAAGCAUGCCCCCCAAUUCCCAAUAACGAUUAUGAGAAUUGUGAACCUACUUAUCGUCCAGGAGUUUGCUGUCCUGAAUACACAUGCCGAACUACACAUGAGAAUAUUAAAGAAGAAAAGGACGAGAAUGAUAGUGAUGAAGUAGUGUUGAUUGGACCACCACCCGAGGAAGAUCCCUGUUCUAGUGUUAUCUGCGCGGAAAAGGAACAGUGUGUUAUGUUUCAUGUUCUAUGUGCGACAGACUAUUGUCCACCCCUUCCAACCUGCAUCAAAGUCAAUCCAGGGUGUCCAACUCCAAACUGUGAACCAGGUUGUGUAGUGAGAAAUAUAGAUAAAAAUCACUGUCCUUCUUGUACCUGUGGCUCUAUCUCUGAUCCAACCAAGAUCGAGAGUGAACAUUGUCCAGAUCCUGUAUGCAAUGGCUAUGACUGUGUAUUGCUGGAUGAUGCUGAUGGAUGUAAGUCAUGCCAUUGUGAAAUAUGUGAAAUACCCAAAUGUCAAGAUGGCUGUGAACUACAGGAGGGAAAACACGAAGGCCAGUGUUCGUCUUGUCGUUGUCACGUUCAAGAAAUUAAGAACACUCAUGUUGCAUACUUGAAAGAGGAAGAGUCCACAGAAUCUGGCAAAGCGAACGACUCCCAAAGUCUCUCAAAUUGCUCUCAACCUCUUUGUUUAGAAGAGAAUUGCAAAUUGGUGGCUGGAAACGACGGCUGUAAUACGUGCUCUUGUGAACCAUCCUGUCCAUCAGUACAAUGUGACACCCCUGGUUGUAGCUUAGAAACUGACGUUUCCUCAGGUCGGUGUCCACAGUGUCGCUGCUCAGUGGAGAAGAUAGAAGUUGAAGAAAAUAAACCCAACGUUGUGGAUGUGGACAACACUAACAAAUGUCCAGAGCCUGUUUGUGCUGGCUAUAACUGUGAGAUAAUACCACGGGAUAAUGGUUGUAAGAUGUGCAAGUGCGAAUAUCCUUGCUCACAUGUAGAAUGCAACCAUCCACUUUGUGAAGUGGAGUCUAACCCUCCACCAGGAAAUUGCCCUGGCUGUGUGUGUAAAAUAGGAAAUCCAGAACCAGGAGACACAAAUAAUGCUCCAGAGGAGGAAGAAAACUCAGAAUAAGAUGUUCCUCUUCAUCUCUAAUCUUGUGUGCUGGUCACAUAAUUUGUUGAAAAUACUUGGUUCUCUUAUUUCACUUUUAAAGGGUUUUCUUGAUCGUUUUAAUAUUUUGUUUGUUUUAAACUGCACACUAAGAUAUUCUUUUCUCACAUUAAAAAAAAUGUACUUUAAUUAUAUUUAUUUUCUGUGUUGUGUGUGUGUUUGACAACAUAAAAAUCUUACUUGGCUAAGGCCCAGUAAAACGUAAAUUUGCAAUCAUACACAGAACAGUUGGUAUGAAUUUUUUUGAUCUCAGACUCUAUUUCGUCUUUGAAAAAUGAAAACAUAUUUUUAUGUUGUUUUGAAAAAAAAAUAAUAAUCAGUGAACGUGUGUAGGACACGGGUAAUGGAUAUUUAACGAAUAAAUGAAUAUAUAUAUAUAUAUAUAUAUAUGUAUAAAGAUUGCACAACGGUUGUGUUAAUUUUACUACCUAAAAGGAACGGUAAGCAUCUCCUUAGAAUUGGAUUUAUUUCAAAACAGCUUUCAGACAACUCGGCCAAAAGUGGAAAUCGCCGCAUAUAAAAGGCAAAUAAAACAAGGUUACAAACUGCUAUGUGAGAAGGGUAAAAUGUGGCUUAGUAAAAGAGAAAUAUAUGGAGAAACAAAACCAACGCACAGAUGGAGAUACUACCUCUGUAGUAUACCGUUCUACUUCAUGUGCCAAGGGGCCGUUCCAAUGGAGAAUCCUCGGGAAUUUAAGAUCAACAAUUAUUGGCCAGAGAGGAGGGGGUCCUUACAUAUAAGAGUAUGGUGUCACCUAUAGUGUCGUAGGAUUGUAAUUGAAUCAAUCAGAUGGGAUAUUUAUUUCUGUUACCACCAGAAGGGUAUUAGUUGCCUCAAGUACCACUGAGAGGCCUGGAAGUUCAGAUUGUAUACGCCAGUCCUGGCAUGGUCUGGUGGUUAGGGCGUUUGACUCGCAGUCUGCGGGUCGUGGGUACCAAUCCCCGUCGCAGAAUAUCCUUAUCCUUUUAGCCAUAUCAGUAUUAUAGUGUGACGGUCAACCCAACUAUUCGUUGGUAAAAGAGUAGCCCAGGUGUUGGCGGUGGGUAGUGUUGACUAGCUGCAUUCCCUCCAGUCUAUUACUGUAAAAUUAAGGACGGUUAGCACAAAUAGCUCUCGUGUAGCUUUGCGCGAAAUUCAAAACCAACCAAACUGUGUACACCAAAAGGUGUGAUUAAUAAUUUUGAAACCCCAAGAGAGAUGUGAUAAUAUAAAAGUUGAUUACAUCAUAAUGAAUUUAAUGGAUAAUCAUUUAUUUGUAUAAAAAAUCAAAUUAAUUAAUGAUAUAAGUUUGUAUUAAAUCUU